GUAUGCUAUCCCACCGACACAGUUAGCAGCAGCUUAGUGUUUGCUGUGAGUGCUUGCAGUACUGUGUACUGCUGCUCUGACAAGAAAGGUUUGUUCUUUUUGGUUUCUCCACUGAAAGGAUUCGGUGCAGAGGCGUGAAGCAGGAAUAAGAGGAAGCUAACAUCCAUUUACAAGUUUAAAAUUCUCUUGGACAAUGAUGUCUGUAUCCGGGAGGAAAGAGUUUGACAUGAAGCAAAUUCUGAGACUGAGAUGGAAAUGGUUCAGCCACCCCUCGCAGGGCUCUUCUGGUAACACGGGCUGCCUCCAGCAGGAGGGAUCUGAGCACCGUGGCAUGGGUCAGAACAGGUUGAAAAGCCACUCUCGGGACAGAAAUGGGCUCAGGAAAAACAGCAGCCCGAUAAGCAGUUUACUGGCACCUGUACCAGGGCCAGUUUACAACAGACCCGACAGUCAGCCAUGCUAUCAGCUCAAUACAGUUUCACGCACACCGGAGAACGAAGGGCUCUCUCAAAUUCCAGCACCAGAUGACUCACUUAAAGAAGAAGAAAAAGAAAACAAAGAAACACGGGAAGCGGACGGUGCCGAUCUUACAGAUGAGUCUGGAGAGAGGUUGUCGUUAAAUAGCUGUUCUCCCAACAGAAUGAGCUCUGGUAGUUCGGAUGAGUUCUUCCAGUCAAUGAAUCAUGCAGAGCAAACAUUUCGGAAGAUGGAGAACUACCUCCAGCACAAGCAGCUGUGCGAUGUUCUGCUAAUCGCUGGUGACCACAAGAUUCCUGCCCAUCGCCUCGUCCUCAGCGCUGUUUCAGAUUACUUUGCUGCCAUGUUUACAAAUGAUGUACGUGAAGCCAAGCAAGAAGAAAUUAAAAUGGAGGGUGUAGACCCAGAAGCACUUAAAGCACUUGUUCACUAUGCUUACACGGGUCUCCUCGAACUGAAGGAGGAAACGAUAGAGAGCUUAUUAGCUGCAGCCUGUCUUCUACAACUCUCUCAAGUGGUAGAAGUGUGUUGCAAUUUCCUUAUGAAGCAACUCCAUCCGUCAAACUGCUUAGGAAUAAGAUCGUUUGCUGAUGCUCAAGGCUGCAUGAAUCUGCAUAAGGUGGCUCACAGCUACACCACGGAACAUUUCAUGGAAGUGAUUAAAAAUCAAGAAUUCCUUCUGCUCCCUGCAAGUGAGGUUGAGAAACUUCUUUCUAGUGAUGACAUUAAUGUUCCUGAUGAGGAAACCAUAUUCCAAGCUCUGAUGAUGUGGGUGAAGCACGAGUUACAGAAGAGGCAGCAGGAACUUGCAAUGCUCUUGUCUUACAUCAGGCUCCCUCUACUCUCCCCACAGUUGUUGGCUGAUUUGGAGAACAAUCUAAUGUUUGCAGACGACUUGGAAUGCCAGAAACUUCUUAUGGAGGCUAUGAGGUAUCAUUUGUUGCCAGAGCGACGGCCGAUGUUGCAAAGUCCUAGAACCAAACCUAGAAAAUCUACAGUUGGAGCACUUUAUGCAGUCGGAGGAAUGGAUACUAACAAGGGUGCCACAACAGUAGAAAAAUAUGACCUCAGGACAAAUACCUGGAUACAAGUAGGCACAAUGAAUGGGAGACGCUUGCAGUUUGGAGUGGCAGUGAUCGACAAUAAGCUGUAUGUUGUUGGUGGGAGAGAUGGAUUAAAGACGUCCAACACUGUUGAAUGUUACAAUCCAAUAGCCAAAGUCUGGUUGAUAAUGCCACCAAUGUCCACUCAUAGACAUGGACUAGGAGUGGCUGUACUAGAAGGGCCAAUGUAUGCAGUUGGCGGACAUGAUGGGUGGAGUUACCUCAACACAGUGGAGAGAUGGGAUCCACAAGCCCGUCAAUGGAACUAUGUUGCUAGCAUGUCAACUCCAAGAAGCACUGUUGGAGUUGCAGCAUUAAAUGGCAAACUCUACGCAGUGGGUGGCCGAGAUGGAAGCUCCUGCCUACGAUCAAUGGAGUGUUUUGAUCCUCAUACCAAUAAGUGGAGCAUGUGUGCACCCAUGUCCAAGAGAAGAGGAGGAGUAGGUGUUGCUACAUGCAAUGGCUUUCUUUAUACUGUGGGAGGACACGACGCCCCUGCUUCUAAUCACUGUUCUAGAUUGUCAGAUUGUGUAGAACGGUAUGAUCCAAAAACAGACACCUGGACAACAGUGGCACCUUUAAGUGUUCCAAGAGACGCUGUUGGAGUGUGCCUUCUCGGAGACAAGCUCUACGCUGUGGGAGGAUAUGAUGGACAGACGUACCUAAACACCGUAGAGUCAUACGAUGCACAAAACAAUGAAUGGACAGAGGAGGUGCCGCUGAAGAUUGGAAGAGCUGGAGCUUGCGUUGUUGUGGUGAAAUUGCCAUGAAAGAUUAAAAGAAUCUCAUGUUCUCCAAGAUCACAGAGAAU